AUGCUGUGCAUACUCCCCGACGAGCUCCUGCUCAUCACGGGCGUCACCGGCCACGUCGGUUUCGCCGUCCUCAUCCACGCCCUGCGGGCCGGCCACACCGUCCGCUGCGCCGUCCGCUCCGAGGCCAAGGCGGCCUUCAUCCGCUCGCGCCCCCAGAUCAAGGCCCUCGACCUGCCGCGCGCGCGGCUCAACUUCGCCAUCGUCCCGGACAUCACGACCGACGGCGCCUACGACGAGGCCAUCCGCGGCGUCUCCUCCGUCAUCCACGUCGCCUCGCCCCUCGCCACCGCCGACUCGGUGCCCCGCGAGCUGCACCAGGAGUACUUCAUCCAGCCCGCCGUCCGCGGCACGCUCGGCAUGCUCGAGGCCGCCCGCCGCGCGGGCACCGUCCGCCGCGUCGUCAUCACGAGCUCCAUCGUCGCCCUGGCGUCGGUGGACCAGCUGGAGGGCCGCGAGCGCCGACAGACGGCCGUCCAGCCGACGGAGCGCGCCGGGUUCCGGCCCGAGCCGUACGAGAGCGAGUUCGCCGCCUACGCCGCCUCCAAGGUGGCCGCGCUCAAGGGCGCCGAGGCCUGGAUCGCGCGCGAGCGGCCCGCGUUCGAGGUCGUCCACCUGCACCCGUCCUUCGUCAUCGGCCGCAACGACAUCGCCACGACGACGGCCGAGGCCAUGCGCGGCACCAACGCCGUCAUCCUCGCGACGUUGCGCGGCAAGAAGAUGGGCUGCAACUACGCCGGCGCGACGGUCCACGUCGACGACGUCGCGCGCGCCCACGUCCAGGCCCUGACGCCCGCGGUUCCCGGCAACCGCAGCUACAUCCUCAGCACGAGGGCGCGGUGGAACGACGCGAAGCUCAUCGCCAAGAGGGGCUUCCCCGAGGCCGUCGAGCGCAAGCUCAUCUGCAGCAGCGGCUCCGUCGGCACCGUCAACAUCGAGUUCGACGCCUCCGAGACGGAGCGCGUCUUCGGAUUCCGCCUUCAGGGGUUCGAGGAGCAGGUCCGCAGCGUCGUCGCCCACUACGUCGAGCUGCGCCUGAGACGCCCGGCUCUGUCGUCCAUGGGCUCGUCCAUGGCGAUGAACCAGCCUCUGAGACCCGAGAUUGCGGCGGUGUAG